AUGUCCAACCCUCUCGAGACCGAGCCCGGCUCUGAGCGCUUCAGCGACUACGAAGCCGAGCUCAAGCUCGUCCAGGCCGACCUGGUCCAGAAGCUCGACCAGAUCCCCGAGCUCUCGGGUGAGCCGCGCAAAGCAGCUCUCAGCUCCGCAGAGCGCGCCCUCGAAGAGGCAGAUGAACUUCUCGCCCAGAUGCGCCUCGAAAAGGCAAACAUCCCAACGACCCUCCGCUCCAAGAUCAACGCCCGCUUCCGCAACCACGAAUCCGACAUCGACUCCCAGAAGCGCAAGCUCCGCUCCCUUGCCGACGACCGCGCCGCCCUCUUCGGCGCUCGCUAUACCGACAACCCAUCAGGCUCCGGCCAAGACGUUCAGCUCGAGCAGCGCCAGCAGCUGCUCAACGGCACCGACCGUCUCGACCGCUCCACUCAGCGCCUCAAGGCCUCCCAGGCUCUGGCCAACGAGACGGAGUCCAUCGGUGCCAGCACCCUCGCUGACCUGCACCGCCAGCGUGAAACCAUCCAGCACACCCAUGACCGCCUCCUUGAGAGCGAGGGAUACGUGGACCGUAGUGUCAAGACACUGCGGGGGAUGGCCCGUAGGAUGGCUACCAAUCGGGUGAUUACCAUCUCCAUCAUCACGAUUCUCGUUCUCCUUAUUGUCGCCGUCAUUUUCAGCAAGUUCAGGUGA